AUUGUAGUGCUGGGAGUCCAUACUGUGCUGUGUGAAUUCCUGCUGCCACCAUCUCUGUUUCUUUUUCUGCGCCAUGACACAGGAUAGAGACACCUGUUGGACACGAUGACAGCAGACAAGGAGAAGAGAAGGGCAAUCAGCCGUGAGGCGGCGAGAAGGAGGCGGCGAGUGGAGUCCGAUGUGUUUGGCGAUUUAUCUCGUCUCCUGCCCCUCCACCCCUCCAUCCAAUCUCACCUGGACAAGCCCACAGUCAUUCGUCUGACCCUCAGCUACAUACGCAUGCAUACAGUGCUCAAAGGAAAUGCUGGGAUAAAAACAGAGGCCAGUCACGCCAUAAAAUAUGGACCAGCGAUAGAGGGUACAGAAAAUAAGACAGAUUUGGAGAAGAGAAAACAAAAUGGAGGACAGGAGGAAAAGGAGAGAGAGGCGGAGUACAGAGAGAUGGAGGAGACAAGCAUGUACCUGAAGAUCCUGGAGGGAUUUCUAAUGGUUGUAUCCACUGAAGGAGACAUGAUGUAUCUGUCUGGCAAUGUUAACAAGUAUAUGGGCUUGACACAGACUGAGUUGAUGGGACACAACAUUUUUGACUUCACCCACCCCUGUGACCACGAAGAAAUCAGAAGUAACCUUCGUCUAACUGCAGAGGAAGUUUGGCGUGGCGCAAAAAGAGACUUUGUCAUGAGGAUUAAAAGCGCUCUGACACACAGAGGAAGAAGCGCCAACCUCAAGUCAGCUACGUGGAAGGUUCUCCACUGUCAGGGCCGAGCAAAGAUGUGCAUCCCCCAGUCUUCAGGUGCUUGUCUGCUGCUGACCUGCCAGCCGCUGCCCCUCUCACACACACUCCUGAGCACACACACCUUCACCAGUCAGCACAGCAUGGACAUGAGGUUCACACACUGCGACCAAAGAGUGACGGUGCUUUUAGGUUACACUGCUGAGGAGCUUGUGGGCCGUUCGAUCUAUAAUCUCUGUCACGCGCAGGACAUAAAUCGCUUACGCAAAAAUCAUUUGAACCUGUGUUGGAAGUCUCAGUCAGUCAGCGGUCAAUACAGGAUGCUCGUGAAAGGUGGAGGUUACGUCUGGGUGGAGAGUCACAGUGCUGUCAUUCCCAGUGUCCGACCCUCCAAGUCCAGACCUGGUGCGCACCAGCCACUCUGCAUCCUCUGUGUUACCUAUGUCCUCAGUGGAGUGGAGCAGGCGUCCCUUCAGCUGUCUUUGGACCAGACUGGGCACAGAUACUUGAGCUGAGACCGAAGUCUGAAGAACCAGACUAAACAGUCUACUGAACGCACCAUUCAUCUAAAAAAAAAGAAAA